CUGGUAUAUAAGAUUUCCAGCAACAGUGGAGAAAUUCAUCUCUCCUUUCUCAGGCAAGGGUGUCUCAUCGGAGACCUGCCAUGGGGUGGAAAAUACUUCCCAUCUGCUUGUCGCUGCUGCUGCCUGCCUUCUUGAUUCAACAAGUUUCAUCUCAAGACUUGCCAAGCUGUGCAGGGAGAUGUGGGGAAGGGUAUUCUAGAGAUGCCACCUGCAACUGUGAUUUUAACUGCCAACACUACAUGGAGUGCUGCCCUGAUUUCAAGAGAGUCUGCACUACAGAGCUCUCCUGCAAAGGCCGCUGCUUCGAGUCCUUCCAGCGAGGGAGGGAGUGUGAUUGCGACUCCCAGUGUAAAGAGUUUGGCAAGUGCUGUGACGAUUAUGCGAGUUUCUGUGAAGAAGAGAAAGAUAACAAGAAACCUCCCCCUAAAAAGGAACCUAAUCCAGAACCUCCCGUCGUAGAUGAAGCUGGAAGUGGACAGGAUAAUGGUGAACCCAAGCUCACCCCAGCUCCUGACAAUCCUACCACUCCAUCUCCCAAGACUACAGCAGCAAAACCUGCAAGUCCCAAACCCAGUCUUGCUCCUAAUUCUGAGACAUCCAAAGAGGCAUCUUCAACUUCCAACAAAGAGACAGCAGUGGAAACGAAGGAGACUACUGCAACAAAUACACAGACUUCCACCAGUAAAAAAGAGAAAACUACUUCAGCGAAAGAAAUACGGAGUGCAGAGAAUAAAGAUGUUGCACCCACAUCUCCUACACCUACCACCUCCAAGAACCCAGCUCCCACAACCACCAAGAAGCCAGUACCCACUACUACAAAGGAACCAGCUCCCACUACCACCAAGAAGCCAGUACCCACUACUACAAAGGAACCAGCUCCCACUACCACCAAGAUGCCUGUAACUACAACCAAGGAACCUACUCCUACCACUCCCCAAAAGCCUGAACCCACUCCCAAGGAACCGGCACCCACGACCCCUAAGGAGCCUGAGCCCACGACCCCGAAAGAACCGGCUCCCACGACCACUAAAAAGCCUGAGCCCACGACCCCCAAGGAACUGGCUCCCACGACCCCUAAGGAACCCGAACCCAUGACCCCCAAGGAACCAGCUCCCACGACCACUAAAAAGCCAGAGCCCACGACCCCCAAGGAACCAGCUCCCACGACUCCUAAGGAGCCUGAGCCCACCCCCCCCAAGGAGCCAGCUCCCACGACUCCUAAGGAGCCUGAGCCUACCACCCCCAAGGAGCCUGAACCCACGACCCCCAAGGAACCAGCUCCCACCACCCCCAAGGAAUCAGCACCCACAACCCCUAAGGAGCCUGAACCCACCACCCCCAAGGAACCAGCACCUACAACCCCUAAGGAGCCUGAACCCACCACCCCCAAGGAACCAGCACCUACAACCCCUAAGGAGCCUGAACCCACCACCCCCAAGGAACCAGUACCCACGACCCCUAAAGAGCCCGAACCCACUGCCCCCAAGGAACCAGCACCCACGACCCCUAAAGAGCCUGAACCCACAGCCCCCAAGGAGCCUGAACCCACAACCCCCAAGAAACCAGCUCCCACGACCCCCAAGGAGCCUGAGCCCACCACCCCCAAGGAACCAGCUCCUGCCAGUUCUAAAGAGCCUGCACCCACAACUCCCAAGACUCCUGCUGAAGUAACUCCUGAGUUUCCUGAAGCACCCACACCAAAGGCUCUUGAAGACAGUCCCAAGGAACCCACUGUGUCACCAACUAAGACUCCCGAGGUAAGCAAACCUGAAAUGACUACAGCAGCUAAAGAGAAGGCAACAGAAAAAGACCCACCCAAAACUACAACUGUUGCCCCUAAGAAGACAACAAUUAAACCAGAAGAGACUACUGAGUCAGAAGCAAGCGCCACCACACAAGGAAAGCCUACAACUCAAGACACCACAUCACCCCAAAUUACGACUCUGAAAACAACAACUCUCGCACCCAAAGUAACUGCUCCAGCUGAAGAGACUCCGGACAAACCUGAAGAAACAACCCCUGCAGCAGAAGAUCCUGACGCUCCUAAGACAACUCUGAAACCCCAGAAACCAAGCAAAGCACCCAAGAAGCCCAGCUCUACCAAAAAGCCAAGCAAAGCACCUAAGAAGCCCGCCUCUACCAAAAAGCCAAAGACAAAAAAAGAGAAAAAACCAAAAACGACGCCAUCUCCUCUGAAGACUUCGGCAGUGCCUGAACUGAAUACCACUCCUUUAGGAGUCGUGCUGCCAACCACUGCCAGCCCUAAGCGGACUCCAGACUUAGAAACAGCUGACGUAGACCCAGACCAUGAAGAUGCGGACGAAGGUGAAGAAGGAAAACCUCUCAUGAUCCCCAGGCCUCCUGUGCUCUCCCCCAUCGUGAUUCCAGGCACUGAUCACUUGGCCGGCGCACUCAACCAUGGCAUUAGCACCAAUCCCAUGCUCUCAGAUGAGACCAAUUUGUGCAACGGUAAGCCAGUGGACGGACUGACGACUCUGCGCAAUGGGACGUUAGUUGCAUUUCGAGGUCAUUAUUUCUGGAUGCUAAAUCCAUUCAGACCACCAUCGCCACCACGCCUGAUUACAGAAGUCUGGGGUAUUCCUUCCCCUAUUGACACUGUUUUCACUAGAUGCAACUGUGAAGGGAAAACUUUCUUCUUUAAGGAUUCUCAGUACUGGCGCUUCACUAAUGAUGUACAAGAUGCCGGGUAUCCUAAACAAAUCGUCAAAGGCUUCGGAGGACUAACAGGGAAGAUAGUGGCGGCUCUUUCAAUUGCCAGGCACAAGGACAGGCCUGAAUCCGUGUACUUUUUCAAGAGAGGUGGCAACGUUCAGCAGUACACCUAUAAACACGAGCCCGCAAGGAAGUGCACUGGACGGAGGCCUGCUAUCAACUACUCGGUGUACGGGCAGGCAGCGCAGGUCAGGAGGCGCCGCUUCGAGCGUGCUGUUGGACCUUUCCAGACACACACCGUCAGAGUCCAUUACUCGCUGCCCAUGAGAGUCGUUUAUCAAGACAAGGGUUUCCUCCAUAACGAAGUCAAAGUGAGCACGAUGUGGAGAGGGUUUCCAAACGUUGUUACCUCAGCAAUAACACUGCCUAACAUUAGAAAACCCGACGGCUAUGAUUACUAUGCCUUUUCUAAAGAUCAAUACUAUAACAUCGAUGUGCCAACUAGAACAGCAAGAGCAAUUACUACUCGUUCUGGGCAGACUCUCUCCAAAGUCUGGUACAACUGUCCUUAGAUUGAUGGGCAAAGAAGAGUCACCAAAAUGAAAUGAAGAA